CACAACCUUUUUGAUCUAGACUUCCCCCCCUACACCCCCACUUUUACCACCAGACUUAUUUAACCAUCAGACACAAUUUUCAUGCUGGAUGCUGUCAGCUAGGAUCAUUCGAGUUAAUGUAACAAAGAAGGCAGAACAACACGACCACUGUCUACGACGAUCUUUAGGUGGUGAAGAGAGUGAAGAGGCAGGAUUCCUAUGAAGGAGAAAAGCAAUCGUUAGCUAUGAGGUCGUCUGUGUUUUUCUACUCCACCUACACACUGUGUGUGUGUUUGGGCCUGCUCUGUGUGCUGUUUGUGAGCUGCUGGAGCUCACACUGGAGAGGGGGCUUCGCCUGGGAUUAUUCUGCCCUGCAGUUCAACUGGCAUCCUGUGCUCAUGGUGUCAGGACUGGUGGUUGUGUACGGCAACGCUGCUGUUGUGUAUCGUAUCCCGUUCACCUGGAAACAGAACAAGCUCACCUGGAAGCUGGUGCACGCUGGACUGAUGCUUCUGGGUUUGCUCCUGUCUGUGGUGGGCCUGUGUGCUGUGUUUGAUUACCACACAGGCGCAAACAUCCCCAACCUUUACUCUCUGCACAGCUGGGUGGGCAUCUGUACUGUCGCAGUGUUUGCACUUCAGUGGAUCCUCGGCUUGGCUGGUUUCUUGUUUCCUUGUUCUCCACUGUGGUUCGGAAGCUCCCUGAAACCUGUUCACGUUUGGCUGGGAAAAACCAUCCUGAUCCUCAGUCUCAUCUCCUGCAUCAGUGGCAUCAAUGAGAAACUGCUGUACACGCUUAAUGGAAGCAGUGAGGAGCCGUACAGCUCGCUGCCCGUGGAAGCAAAGUUUGCAAAUUCCCUCGGCAUCGUCCUGGUGGCCUUUGGGUUGGUCGUCUUUGGAAUCUUGUCCAAAAACAAAUGGCAGAGGCCAGAAACAGACGGGGAACGUGUUCAAGUGAGUAUGGGGAUGUAA